AGGAGAGCUCGGUCGCCUCUCUCCUCCAGCAGCCGCCGGGCUUCUGUGCAGCCUCUCGCCGCCUCCUCAUCAUGGAUCUCGGGACUAAAAGAUUGGCUGGGAUUAUCGCUCAGGUCGCCCUGCUUCUCUCCAGCUCGUACGGGACAACCGGAGAAGAGGUGUGUGACAGCGCGCUGGUGUCCAACCUGCCGCCAUCGUCCUUCAGGAGCUCGUCCCAGCUGUCCAGCAGUCACGCGCCGGGCUUCGCCAAACUCAACAGGAGAGACGGCGCUGGAGGCUGGUCUCCUCACACCUCAGACAGGUACCAGUGGCUGGAGGUGGACCUGGGCCAGCGGACCACCAUCACCGCUGUCGCUACGCAGGGCCGCUACGGCAGCUCUGAUUGGCUGUCAUCGUACCUGCUGAUGUUCAGCGACACGGGACACAACUGGAAGCAGCACAGACGGGAGGACAGCAUAGGGUCUUUUCCAGGGAACAGUAAUGCAGACAGCGUGGUUCAGUACAAACUGCAGCAGCCGGCGAUCGCUCGCUUCCUCCGCCUCAUUCCUCUGGACUGGAACCCCAGCGGGAGGAUCGGACUCCGACUGGAGACCUACGGAUGUCCUUAUACCUCUAACGUGGUGAGUCUGGACGGCGGCAGCAGCGGUCUGGCGUACAGGUUGAGUCCCGGGCAGAGGCGCGCGUCCAGAGAGGCCGUCUCUCUGAAGUUUAAAACCCUGAGGAAUUCUGGGACACUGCUGCACGCAGACGGAGAGGGAGGACUCGGCCUCGGUCUGGAGUUGGAGAGAGGGAAGCUACUGCUGCUGCUCAGACAAGGUAGGACUUCAUCCUCUGAACCCCGGCUCCUGGCUUCCCUCGGCAGCCUGUUAGAUGAUCAGCAUUGGCACCAUGUGGUGGUGGAGCGGCGCAGCUUUCACCUCAACCUCACUGUGGACAAACACACAGAGAGGGUUCAGAUGCCCGCAGAGUUCAGCCACUGGGACAUACAGCAGCUGAGUGUCGGGGCAGUCCAGAGCUCUCAGAAACCAGAAGUCUUCAAGAGGAACUUCCAUGGCUGCCUUGAAAACCUGCUGUUCAACGACCUCAACCUGAUAGACUUAGCUAAACACAACGACCACCACGUUACUGUAGUGGGCAAUGUGACCUUUUCGUGUGCUGAGUCGCUUUCCGUCGCCGUGACGUUCCCCGGCCCCCAGAGCUUCCUCCAGUUGCCAGGGCCGGCGGCGGCGUCCUCGUCCGGGGGCGUGUCCGUUGGGUUCCAGUUCAGGACGUGGAACAAGGCGGGGCUUCUGCUCACCUUUGAGCUGCCUCAGGAAGGGGGCGUGGUCUGGCUGUACCUGAGUGAGGCCAGACUGCGGCUACAGAUCCAUAAGGCUGGCAGGGCGCUGCUGGAGCUCACUAGAGGUUCAGCUCUGAAUGACGGUCAGUGGCAUGCGGUGGAGCUGAACUCCACGCGAGGUCACGUGACCAUCGCCGUGGAUGGAGAAGGAGGAGGCGUCGCUCAUGCCAGCUACUCUGUCACUGCAGGGAAUCGCCUCUUCUUUGGUGGUUGUCCUGCUGAAGAGGAGAGUCAGGAAUGUAAAAACCCCUUCAACAUCUUCCAGGGCUGCAUGCGUCUACUCAGUGUGGACAACCAGCCAGUGGACCUGAUGAAGGUGCAGCAAAGACUGCUGGGAAAUUACAGCCACCUCCAGAUUGACAUGUGUGGCAUCAUUGACAGGUGUUCUCCCAGUCGCUGUGAACAUGGCGGCCGCUGCAGUCAGUCCUGGACCGGCUUCCACUGUAACUGCUCUGAGAGCGGCUACAGCGGAGCCACCUGCCACAGCUCUGUGUACCAGCAGUCCUGCGAGGCGUACAAGCACAACGGCAACACGUCGGGACAUUUUUAUAUCGACGUGGACGGCAGCGGACCAAUCAAACCGCAGCUGGUCUAUUGCAACAUGACAGAGGAGAACACAUGGAUGGUGAUUCAGCACAACAACACCGAGCUGACUAGAGUCCGGCCGUCUCCAGGGGUAAACCAGCAUUCAGUCCAGUUUGACUACUCGACUGAAGAGGAGCAGCUAUUGGCCGCCAUCAGACAAUCAGAGCACUGCGAUCAGGAACUGUCCUACCACUGCAGGAAGUCCCGCCUCCUCAACACUCCAGAGGGCUCUCCGUUCAGCUGGUGGCUCGGUGGUCCCGGUCCCGGUCGUGUGCAGACUUAUUGGGGCGGAGCUCAUCCAGGCAGCCAGCAGUGUGUCUGCGGCCUGCAGGGCGACUGCGUGGACCCACAACACUACUGCAACUGUGACGCCGACCGCAUGGACUGGGCUGAAGACUCGGGCCUGCUCACCCAUGAGGAGAGCCUCCCUGUCAGGUCUCUGGUACUGGGUGACAUCCAGAGGCCCGUGUCAGAGGCCGCCUACAGGGUGGGACCGCUCCGUUGUCAUGGAGACGAGAACUUCUGGAACGCUGCGUUUUUCGACAAGGAGACCUCGUACCUCCACUUCCCCACCUUCCACGGAGAGCUGAGUGCAGACAUCUCCUUCCUGUUUAAAACCACGGCCUCGUCCGGCGUGUUCCUGGAAAACCUGGGCAUCAAAGACUUCAUCCGGAUCGAACUGAGCUCUUCUACUCGGGUGCUUUUCUCCUUCGAUGUCGGUAACGGGCCGCUGGAGGUUCGCAUGGACUCAAGCGUCCCUCUGAAUGACAACCGGUGGCAUCGCAUCCGAGCCGAGCGGAACGUCAAGGAGGCGUCGCUUCGACUGGAUGAACUUCCUGUCGCCACACAGGAGGCUCCUGCUGAUGGGCACUUCCACCUGCAGCUCAACAGCCAGCUAUUCAUAGGAGGCACAGCGUCCAGGCAGAAGGGAUUUCGGGGAUGUAUUCGCUCCCUGCAGCUAAACGGCGUCACCCUGGACCUGGAGGAGAGGGCCAAGAUCACACCCGGGGUUCGAGCCGGCUGCCCGGGUCACUGCAGCAGCUAUGGCUCACUCUGCCAGAACCAGGGCCGCUGUGUGGAGAGAGCCAACGGCUUCCAGUGUGAUUGUGGCCUGUCAGCAUACACCGGAGUUUUCUGCCAUACAGAGGUGUCGGCCAGCUUCAAGUCGGAGACGUCCGUCAGCUACACCUUCAAGGAGAAUCCGUACGAGUUGAGCGGGAACAGCAGCUCUCUGCCGUCCUCCAUCUACUCCGACAUGACGCUGAGAGGAGAGAACAUCUCGCUGAGCUUCAGGACCAACCAGAGUCCGGCUCUGUUGCUCUACGUCAGCUCCCACUACAGAGAGUACCUGUCCCUGGUCAUCAACAAGCACGAUGUGCUGGAGGUGAGAUACAAGCUGGACGGCAGCCGAGACGCUGAAGUGUUGAGGAGCAGAGUGAAGAGCCUGGCCAACGGACAACUGCACACUGUUACCAUCAGGAGACUGACGGACUCUGUGUCUGUGCAGAUCGACCAAAACGCCAGAGAAGACUUCAACCUGACAUCUGACGGAGAAUUCAGCGCCAUCAAGACGUUGGUGUUGGGCAGAGUGCACGAGUCUGAUGAUUUGGAGCCAGACAUGGCCAGGUUGGCGUCUCUCGGUUUCACCGGUUGUCUCUCGGUGGUCCACUUUAACUCCAUCAGCCCUCUGAAAGCUGCUCUGCUCCACCCGGACACCAGCCCUGUCAUCAUCACCGGACCUUUAGUCCAGUCCAACUGCGGCUCCUCGGCGUCAGCCAAUCCCUACGCAGCAGUGAACACACACCACCUGUCAGACCAGUCUGGUUCAGUGGGUUCAGGUCAACCUUUAGUCAAUGCCAUCAGGACUGACUCUGCUCUGAUUGGAGGUGUCAUAGCAGCGGUGGUCUUUGUGAUUGUGACCGGCCUGGCCAUCACUGCCAGCUUCCUCUACCGGAGAAAAGAGACGUAUCGAAACCAGGAAGUGAAGGAAGUCAAACUGGAAGACAGCCCAGAUUUCCCUUUCAACAACCAGACUGACUCCCAGAAUGUCUCCUCUGAAAACCCAAAGGAGUAUUUCAUUUAACUGGGAGGCCUGACGAACUGAACAGGCCGGGGAGUCCUGCCACGCCUCAGGACUUUACACUGCACUCAGAGACCAUGACCCACUUCUCUGGCUGCUCAGAAUACGGAAAGCAAAAAAGGAACAAUGCACACAGUUUUGGCAGUGCUGGACUUAUGCAGUGUUGAUAUCCAUGUAAAUAUUCAAAAAAAAUGUAAACGUGGAAGUGAUGUCUACAGCUAACUAAUGUCUCUGUUAUGUUGAAAGGUUGCAAAUACUCUUUGUUUUUAAUGAUUUCGGUUAAUCCGGGCGCAUGGAAUCGUGACUAGAUUGGUUUGGCUGAUGCUAGGAGGGUAAUUAAUGGAUGUUUGCUUAAGUGGAAGUGGAAGUGUUUGACCUGUAAUUAGCCCCUUAGGAAGAGUACUUCUUUAAGAGUGGUUUGUUGGCGUGUCAUUUGUCAUGUGCAGGGCUUCGGGGGAGAAACAGUGUGCACUCUUUAGAGGCUGUAGAGCCUCAGAGCUAAAGUUAAAGUGAAAACUGGGUGAAAAUGUGCUGGCAUUGUCAGAGUCCUCCCCACCUGCAAACAUCCGCCAAAUACCAAGGCAUUGUUUUUCUAACCCCAAUUCAAUUACAUUUUAUUUAUAGUGUCAGAUCAUAACAGGAGUUAUCUCAGAACACAGAUAGAGUAGUUCUAGACCACACUUUAUAAUUUACAAAGACCCAACGAUUCCCCCCAAGAGAAAUCAUUUUGGUGCAACAUUGUUGAGGAAAAACUUCCUUUUAAACAGGUAGAAACCUUGGACAGAACCAGGCUCUUGAGUAAUUUUGUUCCGGCAACAUCGUUCUACCACAAAAUGUUGGCAUUAACAAGUGGCCUCUUCAAUUCAAUUCAGUUUUAUUCGUAGUAUCAAAUCAUAAAAAGUUAUCUCAAGACACUUUAAAGAUAGAGUAUGUCUAGACCACACUCUAUAAUUUACAAAGACCUAACAAUUCCCCCAAGAGCUAGCAUUUAGUGCGACAGUGGUGAGGACAAACUCCCUUUUAGAAAGAUACCUUGAAUGGUGAGGACAAACUUCCUUUUAGGCAGAAACCUGGGACAGACCCAGGCUCUUGGUGGACGGCAUCUGUCCCUGCUGGUUUGGACACAGAGACACUGAUACAGAUAUACAGAUAUAGAGAAAUGUGAUUCAUCAUAAUUAUAGCAGUUGGUAUGAUGAACAGUGGAAAUUAUAGUUAGAAUAAAGAUAAUGCAACUAUGACUAGAAAUAAUAGUUGUAGCAGUCCAGGGUGUAGCAGUGCGUAGCAGGGCAAAGUAGGGCGUAGAGCAGGACCACAGCAACAGCUUUAACCAUGAUUUAGGUGCCACCCCAAUAGAAGGAAAACUGCGAGCGAGAAAACAUAAGGACUCCGGGGAAUAAGUUCCUUGGAGCUAGGUCUUCAAGGUCAACAUAGUCCAAUCAUCGCCAUGAGCACAUUUGUCCUGUUUGAAAAAUGUACACUGCAGUCUGGCAACCACUGGUCAAGAGACUUUUUAUACCGUAGGGAUUCAUUUCCAUUCAUUUUUUUUACUCCUUUCUUUCUUUUUCUCCCUCUCAUACCUAGGUAUUUCUUUCCAUCAAAUUAUUUCUAUUGUAACAUGAAAGAACAAUGAAAGCAGGGAGGAGAAAAACAUCCAUGAGCACUGAACACUACUGAAGUUCACUCUAUUAUAAAAGUUCUCUUGUCCAUGCCGUAUUCCACCUGCUGGUAGCUUUCUCUCCCAGCUCUCUGAACGUCUCUGAAGAGUAAAGCUUUUGACACUGACAGCAGCGCAGAGAGUAAUACUGUGGCUGUCUGUCACCUCGUGCACUUCACGCAGAGACAGCUCAUGUGUUUUUUGAAAUGCUAAUCUGCGUCGGCCUGGCAGGUGGAUUGUGACUGGAUGGAAAGCAGAGAUCGAAUCAGAAUGAGACAGAGAGAUUAUCUGAGAAACAUCUUCAAGCCAACAUGGAUUUCAUAAAAACAGCAAUUGUGCUAUUCACACUUGUUGAAGAUGAAGAAAUCCCCCCCCCCCUCGCCCCACCAUGUGUUAAUUCAACUCAUGUGUAAAGAGCGCUGGAUGAGAAGCAGAGAGAGGAUCAACCGCAGCUGGUUAUCAAACACACAGCACCGUCUCUCUGCAGGACUCCAGAGCACUGAUGGGAAUUUAAUGACAAAAGUUGCUAAAACUUCAAAGUGCAUUAUUCAUCUCUUUGUUUGUUUGUUUGUUUGUUUGUUCCCCACCUUACAUCAGCUAAAGCCACACAGUGUUGUCUUUAGCCCUCUAUUGCACGGGACUAGUACUACCUGGUGACCGCUAGUAAUUUGUAAUAAUUACGGAGGUUGUCUGUGAUCUUAAUCCCCUGUGCGAAUCGGCCAUGUCUGUAAUUUGUGAAGUAAAAAUUCCCCCGCAAAUGACCCACCAUAUUUUGCCGAACACCGAGGUCCUGUGGUAAUAUUAGUCCCGUGCGAAUCAACGUGUCUGUGAUUUGGCGGGGUCGUACAUCACUUUUUUCAAGGUCUUUUUCAUCCCUCUUGCGAAGAUGGAUAUGGGAUGGUGGGGGGCUGCGGACGCCCCGUUUUAUGACCAACCUAGCCUGGACCACUGCCCGACCGGAGACCUCCGUACCUCGAGUUGAUGCGCUCCCUGCAGCUUCAUCCGAGGGCGGACGGCGAUGCUGUGUGGGGGCCGCGGCUGCGGGGAUAGGGUAUGCACCUCCGGUAACCCUAAAUUUAAGACAGUGUUAGGGAAAGGAACCUUUGCCUAUAUAGGGGCAAGUUAGACCGGCAAAUUAAAGUCAUUUCAAAAAGAGAAUCAGGGCCUGGUUACUAGAGAGGGUAGCGGAAUAGAGCAGAGGGCCGGUAACCGUUUUUUAUUAUUAUUAUUAUUAUUUAAGAAAAAUGCUUUUCUGUUAUGUCAUUGAUUAUCACACACUCUGUAAGUGUCCUAUCCUGAUGUUAUGUGUUGAGGACCACAGCGGAAAUAAGUCCUGGACAUUAUUGUGUUUUUAAUCCUCGAUUGUAUUUGAUGUCUUUUCAUGUCAACAAUUCAUUUCAAUUGGACCUGGCCUAAAAAGUUACGGAACCCCGACCCAAGUGCGUUGCGGCAGCCCCGCCCUGGCCUGCCUCCGCGCGCCUCUGGGUAGCCAACUCUCGGGGUACAGAUAUGUCAGUAAUUUAAUAAUAAUAAUAAUAAUAAUAAAAGCAGGCUUCACUUAUCCAGUGUGAACCCGCCACACAAAACUCAGAUGUGGGGGGGUGAUUUCUAAAUCACACGAGGUCCCCAGAUACUUAUCCCAUGUGAAUAGGGCUUUUGCCACAUCCUUGAUUCCAAAGGGUUGAUUCUUUGGUGAACAAGAGGCAGCGACUGUCCUCCAUCCUGCGGCAGAACUGACUGCAGUGCAGCACUCGAUUGCUAAGAGGAACUCAACAGGUAACCUUGACAGCCAGACAAUCUCGCAGAGCUCAACUGGAGCACACUGCAUAACAAUACAGCAAAAUAAAAUGUUUAUCAAGA